AUGAACUACGACCCAAUUCAUGAUACGUACACGGCACCCAGCCAAAAUGAGCUGGCCACCAGCGUGCCGAUGGAGUCGAAACCAACCGAUGAGGCGGUCAAACAAGAUCCUGGCCCAGGAAACAACGACAAUCUGGCGUCUCAGGGCUCUUCACGCCAGCAAAACACGGCCACAGUACCACAAACUCUGCCAAUUCUGGAUCCAGAGCCGAAAGACCCACAGACUCCUCAAAAGGCUGCUGACGCUACUUCGGAGCCUGUAUUGCACCGUCCACCUCCCCCACCUGCUCCACAGAUCCACCACGCUUCGGCACCUAUUUCCCACGCAGCAGCCGUGAUGCACGGGCCCAAUUCUUCGUUCAAGCCGUUUUCUAUUGACAACCUUGUGGGUGGCUCAGAACCUCUUCGUGAGGAGGAACCCGAGAAAGAGGAGCCCCGGGUGCUUCAGGAACAUUCACAACCUACACCUCAACAAAGUGAUACUAGUGUUCAUCAUACACCGCUCAAUGCUCAGCUGGCAUCUCCUAGUGCGCCAAACAUAUCACCAAAGCCUCCGCAAGAGCAUGUUAACCAACGAAACAACCAGGAUAACCCUGGUCUGCCUGCUUUCUCAAGUCUCCCGCCUGACUUUCGUGAUAUUUCUCGUGGAUACAAGUACCUCAAGAAAGCUGAUGGUGAGCCAUUUUGGAGGAAAGAUAUUCAGUACGAUUUUCUUGACGAGUUGUUCUCCGACGAAACCAGAUGCUUCACCAACUACUUCUCUUUCUGCGAGGUCACCAACGCUGCCAACCAGGACAAACUCACGUUUGCCGAGUUGUACGUUCGUACGUUAGCAGAGUCCAAUAAGCUGUCGAAAAUUCUUCGUGAACGUCUUAUCAAGGAGAAAGAAAUGGGCAUUGCCGUCAGUAAAGUGUGCUUAUUGGUCAAUGCCGGUAGAAUGAACACCACGGUCAACUUCGUGCCUGAUAUGCGUUCGGCCCUUAGAACUUAUCACCUGGUACCUUCGCUCCAGCUUUCGUCUUCUGGCGAAACAAUUCCGCUUCAAGACACUCCCAGAUUGAAAACGAUCUUAAAGGCAGUCAGUGACGAACAGAAACACUACCUUACUCUUCUCGAUCUAUUCAAGCAUCGUAACGAACUGAAACCUAACACGAAUGUCAUUAAAUUGGUGUUCCUUAUGUCUACCUUCUUCCAGAAUAUACCCUUUCAUUACGAUGAUUCAUACGAACACGAUUCGUUUCUGGAAAAGUUCCGUUUCAUCAAAGCAUCCCCCGGACCACAGAACAAGUUCAUGGAGUUUUUCUUGAACGAUGAAAUACAUCCAAAGUGUCGUGCUCGUCGUUUCCUUUGGCUCAUGUACACCUAUUUAGAGACAAACUUUACACCUGAAGAUGUGGCCGAAAACCCGUUCAAUCCACAUGUGAUCCCACCUGUGGAGACUAUACCCGAAAAUGAAAUGCACAAGUACGAUGUUGAUUCAGAGACUGAAAUAGAGUACGCGGUGCAAAUGUAUCACACACGUUUAAUGCAUUUGAGUGCAGAGGGACUGAAUCCGCUCCCGAAGAAGGGCAAUAAGAGUAGGCGUGAGCGCCUGAAAAUCAUGAGUCAAAUCAAUGACCUCAAUGGCCAACCACACACUGAAGACCACGAUGAUCUGGUAAACUAUGACGACUCCUCUGUCGCCCAUGGUCAUGAUGAAAAAAAUCACUCCUUCGGGAUAGAUCCUUCAAUUGAGGCGUCAAGUGCGCCUGGUGCUACCGUACCGCCAACGGUACCCGUAGCACCUGUGGCAGCCGUGGAUGCUUCCAGUGUAUCGUCAGGUUCCCAGGGUACAGAUAAAUCCGGGCAUGAAAAAGUUCACAAGCGAAAAAGACCAGCACCAUCUGUCGGCUCUCUCGUUGAGGACACAAGAAAGCCUGUUCUAGACGAAGAGAGUCAAAGGCUUACAACUCCAGAAUUCCCGAUCGAAGGGCUCAAGCGCUUACUUGAACUGUAUGCGACGAGCACUGACGAUCAUCUUGUCAAGCCUUUGUCAAAGGAUGGGCCCUUGUCUUCCCAAAGACGCAAACAAGUGGCGAAAAAUCUGAAGCCAGUAGUGGAGGAAGUCUCCAAAAUAAUUCCUCGCAAGUUCGAAGCUACCAAAGAUACACUACUACGCUGGUUGCGUGACUACUUUGAAUACAGAAAAUCUGUCGGUAGCGGGCUUGUUGGCAUUGAGUGGGAAGAUAUAAGGAGCGAUAUCGCCAACGGGAUCGAGGCAUACCUGUACCAACAGCUUGGCAAGCAUCUUCUUAUGAAGAAGUUUGAAAGACUUGGUGAAGAAGACGAGCUAGACGAACUCAAGCGUGAGGACUUUGGUAUUCAUGGAAUCAAAGGAGACAUUGCUCCGGUCGAUAUUGGUGCCAUAGAAAAGGUUGGUGCUGGUUACGAGCCAAAGCGUGAUUACAACAAAAUUAACGAACGUACAGUUUUUGAACUCGAAAUGUUGGAAUUACUCGGUGAAGCCGUUACCAAGAGGAGAGCCAAAAGGCCAAGGUUCAGUCGUAUUUCGUUCAACUUGGAAAAUGCUAGUGUGUCCUUCAGGUGA